AUGACGUACAUGAAUACAAGCAGAAUUCAAGAAAUAAUUUUAGCUGGAUUCCCGAGCCUGCAACGUUUUCACAUUGUACUCUUUGUAACUCUACUUCACAUCUAUUUAUUUAUAAUAUCUGGCAAUGCACUGAUUAUUCUUGUGGUCAAGAGAGAGUUUUGUCUUCACUCUCCAAUGUAUUUUUUUAUCUGUUCUUUAUCAUUUAUGGAAAUUUUUUACACAUCUGUCACAAUUCCCAAAAUGCUGAUAAAUCUUCUGGAUGAGGACAAAAAGAUCUCUAUUGUAGGAUGCUUACUGCAGGCCUAUUUUUUACAUUCACUUGGAGCUUCUGAAUGUUAUCUGCUAUCUACAAUGGCAUAUGAUCGUUAUUUGGCCAUCUGUAAACCUUUAUGGUACUCAACGAUUAUGACAAAUAGACUGUGUGUAAAACUGGUUGUAGGGUGCUUGGUGUCUGGACUCUUAAGUCCUGUGAUUGAGGUGGUUUUGAUCUCUCUUCUUCCAUUCUGUGGUCCAAAUAUUAUUGAAAACUUAUUUUGUGAUUUCCCACCAUUAAUUGCAUUAGCCUGUACAGAUACAAAACUAUAUAUAUUGGUUGAGUUUGUUGUAAGUUCUAUUAUCAUCCUGCUGAGUUCUACAUUUGUCCUUUUUUCAUACUCCAGAAUAAUAUAUGUCAUUCUUAAUAUCCAAUCCAAAGCAGGUCGGCAGAAAACCUUCUCUACGUGUGGGGCUCAUCUUAUAGUGGUGAUCCUUUUCUUUGGUAGCAUUGCCUUCAUGUAUAUUAGAGUGACAAAAAGUUAUUCUGUGAACUAUGAUCGGAUCGUUGGUCUCACCUAUGCCGUCUUUACACCAUUAGCCAAUCCUGUGAUAUAUAGCUUUAGGAAUCAAGAAAUAAAAAAAUCUAUUCACAAACUUAUUCAAUUUAAAUUCUAUGUUGAUAAGUAA